AUGACAGAUUCUAGGUUAUCAAGCAACAUAACCUAUAAAACAGAGGAGCGCGAAAUUCAAAAAGGUGUCGCUGGCGUGCAAGCCGUUACGUCUGUCGUGUUCAGCUGUAUCACCGUCCUGGUUGUGCUAUUCAUCGGACCUUGGAGUGACACUUACGGACGCAAGAUUCCCCUCCUCGUCUCCACCAUCGGACUAAUUCUAAUGCCUACCAUGAUGAUCGUGGGAUAUCUCUGCUUAGGAAAAAUCCGCGCUGUCUAUAUCGCACUUCUGGCCAUGUUGCCGACUACGUUGACCGGCGGCGCUACGGUGUAUUCCAUGUCAGCUGGGUCAUACAUUUGUGAUACUACCACCCCCAAGAACAGGACAGUGAGAAUGGGCGUCUUCUGGGCAUCUGUGAGAUCAAGUGCCCCGAUCGGUUACGUGCUUGGCGGACUACUGAUGAAGUUUCAAGUCGGGAUCAUAAAGUCGCUCCUAAUUCCGGUCGGGUUGUCGGGAAUAGCGUUGCUUAUUGUGCUCUUCAAGAUUCAAGUAUUUAAAAUGCUAUUUCAACAGCGGGAGAACCCUUGGCGUUUCUACUUACUGAUUUUGGUCCACAUCUUUUACGUCGCACCAGGGGUUACUUAUGCAAUCGUGUAUCGAAAUACAGUUUCCUACUUUGCUGGGGCUUUCUACUUGCUCUCGGCAGGGAUAACGAUACCCGCUGAGAUUAUUUUUGUGUAAGGAUAUUGAAAUUUUAUUAGUUAUUAUAAUAUUUUUGCGGAACGGCAUUUUAGGUUUGUAUAGCCGCAAAAAAUCUGUUGUAUGCAAAUAAUUACGCAAUGUUACUUGUUUGGUAUUAUUUUUUUACAAAUUUAUUAUAAUGUGUACAUCUGUCUACUUCACUGGGUAACAUAUUUUUUGCAGAUAUUUUAUGUUUACUAAAAAUAACAAGACCCCUGAAAGAGAGGAUGAGCAGCCUGCAGACCUGAAUCAACAUACAAUGGAGCCACUGAAUAAAAGCCACACUGACAUUGAGCAACUCAUGGCAGUUGGCUUCCGCUUAAGCAUUGAAAAUUUGGAGGGUGAUGUCAGUCAAGAUGAAGGUGAUAGAGACAAUUUGAAAUUUUGAGUUGUCCUUCUCGUUUUGGAAAGUAUCGUUCCUUAUCUGGAUUUAAUAAGAAAUAUUUUUCAACCUACAGAAAUAAAAAUAGAUUUCUAUAAUCAAAGCGUUGAUAAUAAUCAUAUCAUUAUGACAUAAUGAUCUUACAGAAUCUUACAGUAUCUUAGGAGGAAUACGUACGACCUUUGCA